AUGGCAAACAACACAUCCACCGACUCUUCCGACCACACAAGCGCCAGCACCACCACCAUCGCCAUUGUACUUCCCGCUCUCUUCGUCGUUCGCAUGGCGCGGCUCGACAAAUCCAUCAAACCACAGCACUUUGUCGACUGGAUGAGCAAGCAGACUGCUGAGCACCCAGAGAUCACCAUUGCUCAGAAUCCAUUAUGUGUCAUCUGCCUCGAGGAAAUUGAAGACGCAGCAAACAUCCGCGGAUUGGGCUGUUUGCAUCCUUUUCAUCAACAGUGUUUAGAUGACUGGUACUCGCGCUGGAACGAGUACUGCCCGCUCUGCCACCGGCCGAUCAUCCAGUCGACGAAAGCGAAGGGAGACGCGUCUGAAGAAGCUAGUCGUGAGACGAGUGAGACAAGUGAGAGGGCGGUUACGGCGACGUCGAUGGUGUAG